ACAUUAAAAAAAAAAAAAAACAGGCCAACCCAACCCAAUUAAAUCCAAAUCCAAAUCCAAAUCUUUCACGCACACUCAAACCCCACUACUGCUACCACUACUACGACCACUACUACAUUCACACAGAGACUCUUUCUCUUUGUCUAAUCUCAACAGUGAUAUCUGUCGCCCUCAAUCGCGACUUUCCACCACUCACAUCACAUUUCUCUUUCUUUUCCUCUUAUUAUUAUUAUUAUAAUUAUUAUUAUUAUUAUAUAUACCAAUUUGUUUUUAGGGUUUUCGCUAUGAAUCGACAAGUCGCUGAAGAAGAGUCUCAGUCCCAGGACUUGAUCGAGCUUUCUAAGGGCUCAGAGAAGAAAACAGAAUUACUAAUUUCUGAAAAAGAAGAAGACGAAGAAGAAGAAGAAGAGCCUUUGGAGAAAGAAAAGCCUGACGAUCCAAUGGAGGAAGACUCAGUGAGUCCCGCCACCGUGUUCUGUAUUCGCCUCAAGCAGCCUCGCUCCAAUUUGCAACACAAGAUGAGCGUUCCCGAGCUUUGUCGCAAUUUUAGUGCUGUUGCUUGGUGUGGAAAACUGAAUGCUAUAGCUUGUGCAUCAGAGACCUGUGCAAGAAUUCCAAGUUCUAAUGCAAAUCCACCAUUUUGGAUCCCCAUACAUAUUGUGAUUCCAGAGCGACCAACUGAGUGUGCAGUGUUCAAUGUCACAGCUGAUUCUCCUCGUGAUUCUGUUCAGUUUAUUGAAUGGUCUCCUACUUCCUGCCCUCGUGCCUUGCUAAUCGCUAAUUUUCAUGGGAGGAUAACUAUUUGGACUCAGCCCUCUCAGGGGCCAGCUAAUCUGGUACGUGAUGCUAGCUGCUGGCUGCCUGAACAUGAAUGGCGACAGGAUAUUGCUGUUGUUACAAAGUGGUUAUCAGGGGUGUCUCCGUAUAGGUGGCUUUCCUCGAAAUCCAGUGCUUCCACAAGCUCAAAGUCAACUUUUGAGGAAAAAUUCCUUUCGCAGCAGUCUCAAACUUCAGCUCGGUGGCCCAACUUUCUUUGCGUCUGUUCUGUUUUCUCAUCAGGCUCUGUUCAACUUCAUUGGUCCCAGUGGCCUUCUAGUCAUAAUGGUGCAGUGUCUAAGUGGUUUGGCACAAGCAAAGGACUUUUGGGUGCUGGACCUAGCGGGAUCAUGGCUGCUGAUGCCAUCAUAACAGAUAGUGGUGCCAUGCAUGUGGCAGGUGUUCCUAUCGUGAACCCAUCCACCGUAGUUGUUUGGGAGGUGACUCCUGGUCCUGGAAAUGCAUUUCAAGCAACUCCAAAGACAAGUUUGAGCAAUGGGGUUCCACCUUCUCUUAACCCUCCAUGUUGGCCAGGUUUUGCCCCUUUGGCUGCAUAUUUAUUUAGUUGGCAGGAAUAUUUAAUAUCUGAAGCAAAGCAAGGAAAAAGGACAGAUCAAGAUCUCAGCGAGACAGUGCCACUUCAUUGCUCACCAGUUUCAAAUUUUUCUGCAUAUGUGAGUCCUGAGGCUGCAGCUCAAUCUGCAGCAACCACUACAUGGGGUUCUGGGGUUACUGCAGUAGCCUUUGAUCCAACUCGUGGCGGUUCUGUGCUAGCUGUUGUUAUAGUUGAGGGACAGUACAUGUCCCCUUAUGAUCCGGAUGAGGGUCCUUCGAUCACAGGGUGGAGAGUGCAACGUUGGGAAUCAUCUCUUAAACCUGUUGUCCUCCAUCAAAUAUUUGGAAAUCCCACUUCUAGUUAUGGUGGGCAGGCACCCAUGCAAACAGUUUGGGUGUCCAAAGUGGAUACAAGCAUUACACCAACUAAUGAUUUUAAAUCUCACCAAGCAGCUGCAACAGGACCAACUUCUGAUGCAAGGAAGAUAUCUGAUUCUGGUGCUGACAAGAGGAAAAAGGUCAUUUUUGAUCCCUUUGAUCUACCAAGUGAUGUAAGGACACUUGCUCGAAUUGUCUAUUCUGCUCAUGGUGGUGAGAUUGCUAUUGCUUUUCUGCGGGGUGGGGUCCACAUUUUUUCUGGUCCAAACUUUGCACCUGUUGAUAACUACCAGAUUAAUGUUGGAUCUGCAAUUGCUGCUCCUGCCUUCUCUUCUACAAGCUGCUGCUCAGGUUCUGUUUGGCAUGACACUAGCAAGGACCGUACUAUGUUGAAGAUAAUUCGUGUUCUUCCUCCUGCUGUCCCAAGUAGUCAAGCGAAGGCCAACUCAUCAACCUGGGAGCGUGCAAUUGCUGAGAGAUUUUGGUGGAGCCUUCUGGUUGGAGUUGAUUGGUGGGAUGCUGUUGGCUGUACACAGAGUGCAGCAGAGGAUGGCAUUGUUUCUCUGAACAGUGUCAUUGCAGUCUUGGAUGCGGAUUUUCAUUCUCUUCCUUCCACACAGCACAGGCAACAGUAUGGUCCUAGUCUAGACAGGAUAAAAUGCAGGCUACUUGAAGGUACAAAUGCUCAAGAAGUUAGAGCAAUGGUUCUUGAUAUGCAAGCAAGGUUGUUGCUGGAUAUGCUGGGGAAAGGAAUUGAAUCAGCUUUGAUAAAUCCUUCGGCUUUAGUAGCUGAGCCAUGGCAGGCAUCUGGUGAGACGUUAUCUGGCAUUGAUCCUGAAAUAAUGGCUGUUGAACCAGCUCUAGUUCAGAGUAUUCAGGCUUAUGUUGAUGCCGUUCUUGAUCUAGCUUCGCAUUUCAUUACACGUUUGAGGCGCUAUGCAAGUUUCUGUCGCACAUUGGCCAGUCAUGCUGUUACUGCUGGCACUGGAAGCAAUCGCAAUAUGGUGGCCAGUCCUACCCAAAGUUCUGCAACUCCUGCACCAAGUCAGGGAGGUCAAAGUGGUACCACAAGCUCCACUGGAAGCACCCAAAUGCAAGCCUGGGUACAAGGUGCUAUUGCUAAGAUUAGUAGCACAACUGAUGGAGUGUCCAAUUCAACUCCUAACCCUAUAAGUGGUCCAUCAUCUUUCAUGCCGAUAAGCAUUAACACAGGAACUUUUCCAGGAACACCAGCUGUUAGGCUCAUUGGGGAUUGCCAUUUCCUUCAUCGAUUAUGCCAACUUCUGCUUUUCUGUUUUUUCUUCCGACGAUCACUUCCCCGCUUUCUUGGGGCUGCACAAAGAAAUGCCGAUACAAAUAUGCAAAAACCACAACCUAGUGCUUCUGCCAAGGUGGAGGAGAUCAAUUCUGUGUCUGCAAAGCCAUCUUCAUCCAUGGCCAGGUCAGAUGAUGGUCAGGUAGCUCGAGCUAGUCAACUCAUACCUGGGGUAAAAGGAGUGGAAGAAGGAUCUGGUGUCCGGUCAAGAUUAGGAUAUGGAAAUGCUGGUCAAGGAUACACUUUUGAGGAGGUAAAGGUCCUUUUCCUCAUACUUAUGGACCUCUGUCGGCGAACCGCUGCCCUGGCACAUCCCUUGCCAGUUUCUCAGGUGGGGAGCAGCAACAUCCAGGUGCGGCUGCAUUACAUUGAUGGGAAUUAUACAGUACUUCCAGAGGUUGUAGAAGCAUCUCUUGGCCCUCAUAUGCAGAAUAUGCCCCGGCCUAGAGGUGCAGAUGCUGCUGGUCUGUUACUCCGUGAGCUAGAACUCCAUCCUCCUGCCGAAGAGUGGCACAGGAGGAAUAUGUAUGGUGGGCCUUGGUCUGAUCCAGAUGAUAUGAGUCCUGUAGAUGACUCUCCUAAGUUAAGUAAUUCUGGAGACAUGCUUGAUUUCAACUCGUUGGAAAAUUGUGAUGCUUAUAAUGGUGCCCAUAGCCUGUGGCCAAGGAAGCGCAGGAUGUCUGAAAGAGAUGCAGCUUUUGGCUUGAACACUUCUGUUGGCCUUGGGGCAUAUCUGGGAAUUAUGGGUUCUCGUAGAGAUGUUGUUACUGCCGUGUGGAAGACUGGUCUUGAAGGUGUCUGGUACAAGUGCAUAAGAUGUUUGCGGCAGACUUCAGCUUUUACCUCACCAGGUCCUGCACCUAAUCAAAAUGACCGGGAAAGUUGGUGGAUCAGCCGCUGGGCUUACGGCUGUCCAAUGUGUGGUGGAACAUGGGUUCGAGUUGUAUAGAUGACUGUUUUAUCUGUUAGGUGCUCUCCUGUCCCUAGUUAUGUGGGAACCAGUCCUUUGGUGAUGAAUACAUGUAUCGUAGUUGAUUAUUGACAAUAUACCAAGUAUAAUGCGGACUGGUCAUUUAGAGGAGAGGUGUUGGUUUUGGGGAUAAAGUCUGAAGAUUUUCUUUCCCAGUGGUCCACUUCACUUGGAUCUGAUGAUAGUUGCAAUCCUAUUUAUUUAUAUUUAUAAUUAUAAUUUUGUUGAGUUCUAAUUAUGCGAGAAGAAUCUUCUGUUGGAUCUGCAAGUUGGAGCUUUAGGUCAAUAUUAUCCCAAAAUGACUAGUCUUCUCCCCUCUAAUGUGACCAAGUUUUUCUGCAGCAAUAGUAGGAAUGAAGCCCCUCAAUGUUUGCCCCAGGCCUGUACAUAUUAGCCCUUCUCAGGGUAUUCCCCCCAAGAAUAAAAUGGAUGUGUAAUGUGUACUGAUUAUUUUUUUUUUUUUUUACUUCUAAUUUUCGUAUAUCCGAUAGCAUUUCAGAUGAGUCUUUUGAGCAUGAGGGCAAAUUGUCAACACUAACAGACUGACUGUGAAGGACCUUAACCAUGAGUGCAGAUUGUGAAUCAUCUUGAUAUAUCUAUUCCACGUGUAUUGCUGGAAAUCUCUACCUGAUGGAUAAAUCUAUGAAUCUUUGUUGUGGCUGCUGGGAUAUAAUUGGCAAAUUGUUGCAGAGGCAAACAGUUCGCUUGUGAUUAAAGGAUUGUUACUUUAGUAGUACAAGCUGCUUCCCUGAGUCGGCUGGCAGAUGCCUAUUAGGUUUUAUAAUACAUUACAUUGGAAAAGAGCCAAAGCUUUUCUUUUGGUUACUGUAAUUUCUUAAGGGUAAAUUGAAAAUUACAUUCCUAUAAUUUAGAGGUGAUUGGAUUUUACA